AUAUGAAUGGUGGUCAUCCAGAUUCAGUAAAACGUAAACUAGGAGAAGACUCUUUCCAGAGAGAGAGAGAGAGAGAGAGAGAGAGAAAUGACAAGCUCCACCACCACCACCGUUGCAGAAUCGGCGAGCCUGGAUAUUCUGCCGCCGGCUCUCCUAGGAAGCAUCAUGACUAAACUCGACGUAUCUUCGAUUUGCGCAGUCGCGUCCACCAGCAAGACCUUCAGGACCUGCGCUUAUCAGAUCCUCUCCUUUCUCCCCAAUUUCCACUUCAUAGACAUUGCGCCACCGAUACAUUUGUUAAGACCUCUUCUACCUUCAAACCCGUAUCUUCUCAGCCUCAAGAUCGACUGUUCACGGCUUGAUGAUUCCGCAAUCGAUUAUCUGCUCCGACCUUCUCUUCAAGAGCUUUUUCUCCGUAACUGCGCCGAUUUCAGUGGAAACCUUCUUUCUCAAAUCGGUGCUCGAUGCAAAGACCUAAGGUUUCUAUACUUGAAUUCGGUGGCAGAAAAAAGAGGAAGAUCAAUUCAUGUAUCUGAUCUAGAGGAGGUUCUCAGCGGUUGCUCCCAAUUACAAAGUCUUAUCCUGAUGUUUGACGUCUCAAUGUUUCUACAUCUUAAUUUUGCUCGUGCAUGGGCAUUGGCUUCCACAAACCUCACAUCUCUCGAGAUUGGGUAUAUCUCUUCCAAAAUGGUAACUGAGUUGCUAAGCCCAAGCAUUGUCCCAUCACAAUCGGGAAAUCAAAUCACGACUCCUCGUUCUUUGCCAAACAUCCAAAAACUGUGCCUUUCGGUUGAUUGCAUAACAGACACUAUGGUUAGUAUGAUAUCUCGAAACCUCACCUCCUUAACCCAUUUAGACCUCCGAGAUUCACCCAUCAUGGAACCCACAGUUACAUUAGAUCUAACCAACUUGGGUCUUCAAAAUCUGAACCCACACGGAAAACUGAAACACCUCUCAUUAGUUCGAAGUCAGGAAUUUAUCGCUAGUUAUUUCAAACGCGUCAAUGACCUCGGAGUACUCCUAAUGGCUGACAGAUGCUCCAGCAUGGAAAGUAUAUGUCUUGUCGGCUUCUGUCGUGUGACAGACACGGGUUUCAGGUCAAUCCUACAUUCUUGCUCAAAUUUGUAUAAAUUUAGAAUCUCUCGCGGGACAAAACUGACGGAUUUGGUAUUUCAUGAUAUAACCGCCACUUCUCUUUUGCUUACGCAUGUUAGCCUUAGAUGGUGUAGUUUGUUGACGAAUUAUGCGGUUAUAAGUUUAGCGUCGAACAGAGAUCUUGUAGUUCUUGAUUUGAGGGAUUGUAGAAGCCUCGGGGAUGAAGCUCUUAGAGCAAUUGGCAGUCUUCCUCGAUUGAGAACUCUUCAAUUAGAUGGAACCGAUAUUAGUGAUAUCGGUCUCUCGUACUUAAAACAAGUCUCGCUUCAUUCGUUGAUUUCGUUAUCCGUCAGAGGUUGCAAGAGGCUGACAGACAAAUUCAUUUCUCUUUUGUUCGACGGACAAGUUUCUACUCCGCUGCCUUUGCAAGAGCUCGACCUCUCAAAUAUUCCAAGCCUAUCUGAUGCAGGGAUUCUCUUAAUGGUGAAGAGUAGGGUUCUGAUUAGCGAGUUACGAAUGAGGCAGUGUCCCUUAAUAGGCGAUAUGUCGGUUAUGGCAUUAGCGUCAAUGCAAGCAGGAGAUGGUCAAGGAUGUGGAAGUUGCUUAAGGGUGUUGGAUUUGUAUAACUGCGGUGGAAUUACACAGUUAUCGUUUAGGUGGUUGAAGAGACCUUAUUUCCCGAGAUUGAGAAGGUUGGGGGUAACUGGAACGAUGAACAGGAAUAUGGUAGAUGCUCUAGCGAAGAACAGACCUUAUCUGCAUGUUUCUUGUCGUGGGGAGGAAUUGGGGACUGAUCCGUUGAACAUGUCUGAUGAAUUGUAUAUGCAUGAUUAUGAGGAGGUUGAUGAGUUUGAGCAGUGGCUUUUUGAUGAUAUUGAUAGGGAGAUUGAUGAUGAUAUUGAUGAUGAUGAUGAUAUUGAUGAUGGUGAGGAUAUGGUUGAAGAUGAUGAGGAUAUGGUUGAAGAUGAGGAUAUGGUUGAAGACUAAGGAAAUUGUAUCUCAGAAUAUUUUGUGUUGUUCAAGGAUUUUAGUCGUUAGAAGUGUUGUUGUAUUUAACGGGGAGUUGUAAAAACUUACUCUGUUAGUCAAAUUUCUCAUGUUUUAAAUAUUUUGAAUGUGGAUCUCAUGUACUUUGUAUUAUUGACAUUAAAUUGGGACUUUGUUACUC